UCUGUCUCAUAAAUCAAAUCAAUCACACACGUAAACCAGUCCCCCAUUUCCAUUUUCAAGUCCAGACAACACACCCCACACAGAGCUAACCCAACCUUCUAGAGUCGGUGGAGACUCAUCCAACUACAAGAAGCAGCACAACCAUCUCAAACUCAACAACCAACCCCACACGCUUAGCCGAUCUAUUCAGAUACCGGUGUAAUCUCCGGCCACGUCAUCACCGGAAUGAGAGCUCCCGACCACCUCAACAGGUGCUGAAUUGAAGGGGAUGCAUAGCAGCAAAGCCCACAACGGCGAUAAGCCGAUCCCGGGAUGCCUGGGAAGAAUGGUCAACCUGUUUGAUAUGAGCACUGGAGUUUCUAGAAACAAGCUGCUCACUGAUAAGCCUCACCGUGAUGGCUCUUCACUCUCAAGGAGUCAAUCGGAUGUGGUAACAAUGCUGGGUUCCCCCUAUGGAGAUCAGAUAGAGGAUAAAGUGAUUGUUUCAGAAUUGAGGAGAAGUUCAUCAAACAGUAAAGCAAAUGGCACACCGAUAAAGAUGCUUUUAGACCAAGAAAUGUCAAAAGAGGUGGAAACUAAGAAAAAUCCACCUAAUGUAGUUGCCAAGUUGAUGGGUCUUGAUGCUUUUCCACGACAGCUACCUGAUUCAGCCGCUCAAAGAAGUAAUGCAAGCAAUUGUUCUCAUUGUACUAAUAAUCAUUCCAGUGUACCAUCCGGAUGUUGGCAGCAAGAAGAUGAGUUUUUAGACAAGCAAAUGCAGCAUGAAUUCCAUCAAUGUCCACAGCAGAAUGAUUACAAAGAUGUUUAUGAAGUCUGGCAGCAACCUCAAAAGACUAGUUAUGGAAGAAAUAAAUCACCACAGAAGGGAAGGUAUAAUGAGAAGCAGAUGGAUCUUGUUCGUCAGAAGUUCAUGGAAGUGAAACGCUUGGCUACAGAUGAGAGGCAUCGCCAAUCCAAAGAAUUUCAAGAUGCACUAGAAGUAUUAAGUUCCAAUAAAGAUAUGUUUCUCAAGUUUCUGCAAGAGCCAAAUUCCUUGUUCUCUCAACAUCUAUAUGACUUACAAUCUCUUCCUCUAGCCACAGAGACAAAGCGGAUUACUGUGCUUAGACCUACAAAGAUGGUUUCAAACGACAAUUUUGUGGGAUCAGGGAAUAAGAGUGAUAAACAGACAAAGAAGUCAUCCCAGGUAUGUCAAGCUGUGUGGGAAAGCCACCAUGUAUACCCUCCUAUCAUUGCCGAUCAGAAAGUCGAUGAGUACUCUGCUCCACCAACUCGUAUAGUGGUGUUGAGACCUAGCACUGGGAAGACUCUAGAUGGUAAGACUGUGGUCUCUUCCCCUAUCUCAUCAGCAAGGUUACAGGGUGAAAACUUCUAUGAGGAGCAUGAAGAUGAUGAGGUGCAAGAAUCAAUAGAAGUUGAAGAGGAGAUCACACAGACGAAGCGUGAUAAUUCCAUAGGCCACCGGAGGGAUGAAACUUUGCUUUCCUCUGUAUUUUCCAAUGGUUAUACUGGGGAUGAGAGUUCGUUUCACAAGUCAGAAAUUGAAUAUGCAGCUGGAAUUCUCAGUGACUCAGAAGUCAUGUCACCAUCUCCUAGGCAUACAUGGGAUUACAUCAAUAGGUUUGGCGGCCCUUUCUCUUCUUCCUACAGCCGCAUGUCAUGUUCUCCAGAAUCAUCUGUUUGCAGAGAAGCCAAGAAGCGACUUUCUGAAAGAUGGGCCAUGAUGUCAUUAAAUGGAAAUCCGCAGGAGCAAAGACAUGCCCGAAGGAGCUCUAGCACGUUAGGUGAGAUGCUUGCUCUAUCAGAGGUUAAGAAGUCAACAACAUCUGAGGAUGAAAGUAGUCACAAGGAACAAGAACGAAGGGAAUCAGUUUCAUGCUUAACUAGUGAAUCCAGUAAGGAACGGUUAGUUGAUUCUCCUUGUCUUUUGAGGUCAAAAUCUCUCCCUGUGUCUUCUGCAGUAUUUAGCAGCCCGGUCAACAGUGCAAUUUCAGAUCAUGGCAAGAUAGAUGUUCCUAAAGAGCUGAAUAAGACAAAGAGCAUGAAGUCAUCAUUGAAAGGGAAAGUCUCAAGUUUGUUUUUCUCCAAAAAUAAGAAAUCAAAUAAAGAGAAAUCUGAGGCAUCUCAAGCAAACUAUGAAUCUCAAUCUUCCUUUUCUGGACAAUUGAAUUCCCAAGUUCGUCCUGGAAUUACUAGUGAUGAUGCAUCUCAGUGUUCCAAUGAUGGUGGAUUUGAAGGGUGUUUUUCUCCUGCUCUAUGUGGUGCUUCAGGGAAAGACUCUCCGGUUGUAACAAACGUCGAACAAAAACAAGGGACAUCUCCUUGGGAGGUAGGAUUGUCUUUGGCAAAGCCUGUGGCGCCUGGAAGUGUUGUUGAGAAUCAGGACCAGCCAAGUCCAAUAUCAGUUUUAGAACCGCCAUUUGUAGAGGAUGAAAAUAUUAUUCAAGAAUUUUCUAGAUUUUUAAAGCCAGACCACCUAGGAAGAAAUCUUAAGUCUAACUUAAUUGACAAAUCACCGCCAAUAGGAUCAAUUGCUCGGACCCUAUCGUGGGAUGAAUCUUGUGCAGAGACUGCCACACCAUAUGGUCCAUAUUUAGUAAAAUCACCUUCAGUUUCCACUAGCACCGAGGAAGAAGAACAAGACUGGCAUGCUAUAGUCCAAACUCUUUUAUCAGCAGCCGGCCUCGAUGGUGAGCUGCAAUGUGACUCAUUUUUUGGUAAAUGGCAUUCACUUGAAAGUCCUUUGGACCCAUCUCUCCGAGAUAAGUACGCCAAUCCGAAUGACAAAGAGCCUUUGCACGAGGCAAAGAGAAGGAAAUGGCGAUCAAGUCGGAAGCUUGUAUUUGACUGUGUUAAUGCAGCCCUAGUGGACAUCACUGGUUACGGUGCAUCAGACAGCGGCAGCACAAAGACCAUUUCGUGCAGUGGGGCCCACGACAGGUACUUGGAGGGCAAUACCUUCUUAUUGGCAGAUCGGGUAUGGUCCCGGGUGAAGGAAUGGUUUUUGAGCGAAGUGAGGUGUGUUCCGGAGGACGGUGGGGACAUCAACAACCAGGAGGUGGAGAGGGUGGUGAAGAAGGAGGUUGUGGGGAGAGGGUGGCCUGAGCAAAUGAGAUGUGAGAUUGACAUUGUAGGAAAGGAAAUAGAGGGGAAGUUGCUGCAAGAGCUAGUGGAGGAGGCCGUUGUUGAUUUUGACAGGGAGUAAAUGAAACCAAUAAUUUCAUGUCAUUUUUUUUGCUCUUAAUCAAUUUCAUUGUAACUAUUAUUUGUGCAUUUGAUUUUCAACAAUUAUGGUCCCCCUACCCACCUUAGUUGUUUAAUCCCACAAACAUUUCAAUGAUUGUUUCAUAAUUUGUGUCCGUUAUGUUAAUAUACUAGUGUAUAAUAAUGUAUGUUACUUCCUA